AUGAGUUCAGAGAUCGAUUAUACAAAAGAUUUUGCACGUGCUGACACCAACCAUGAUGGAGGCAUUGAUGAAAAGGAAUUUCGUUCGUUUCUUGGCCCGGAGAAUCAAACGAAAGACAAAGCAAGAGAUUUAACUCAAUACGACGUUCAAGCUUUUGCUUCAUCGCCAGUCGUUCAAACUUUAACAUACGAAAUUGGUCUUGAUGUUGCUGUUGGUGGCUUUGUUAAAGAUCCAUACAGCUAUGAAGCUUAUACAAUAGGUAUAACGGACAGUAAAGAUCACAAAUAUGGACUUGGUCCUGAUGUUGGAAUUGGCGCGCCAGAUAUUGCAAAUAAAAUUGUUCAAUACGAUGCUGCUGGAGCAAUGUUUCAUUACGCUGACAUGAAUCACGAUGGAAAAAUCGAUCAAUCUGAAUUCGGAUUUUUUAUGCGUUCAGUUUAA